GGCAUUCGUACAUCUCGGAGGAUCUCCCACGGACUGUCGUCCAGUCCACGGAUUCGGCCAUUCGCUCCGCCCGUUCUCUCCACCACAACUCCACCACUCAUUUUCGCACCCUACAGGAUUUCAUUCCACAAAUUAAAUCCCGUUACAAAUCUUUUGAAGAUGUUUUCUUCAACAAGGUCAAAGAUGAAUUGAUCGAUGCAAGAGAACAUCCAUUUGUGGCAGGGGGAGUUGCUCUUAUAGCUAGCCUUCUUCUUAUGCAAGGCUCAAGAAGGUUUCUGUUUCGUCAUACAUUUGGUCGACUUCAAAGUGAUGAGGCGCGGUUUCUUAGAGCUGAGAAGAAUGUGAAAGAGUUGAACCUUUCAGUUGAUUUAAUGAAGAAAGAGAGUAGAAAACUGCUUGAAAGGGCUGCCCUUGCUGAAAAGGAUAUGAAACAUGGCCAAUCUGAUCUAAUGAAUGCUGGAACUCAGAUCCAACGUCUUGCGAAAUCUGUUACCAACGUUGAAGUCCAUACUUCUGAAUUGAUGGAAGGAUUGCGAGAAAUUCCUGGUAGGGAGGCUUUGAGGCUUCGAGCAGAGGUUGCUUCUACGGCAUCACUUCUCCAACAACAGAGGAUUGCUAUAAACAAAAGGAUAAUGAAGAUUUCAGAAUUAGGCAUACCUGUUUGAUUUUUUUUCUGUCAGUUUACUUUUCCAUUAUCAAUGGCUCUGCACAAGUGUUUCGUUUGUAUGACUUUUGUUCUUGUAAUAUGCAUACAAAAUAAAUGAAAUACUCGUCUUUUAGUUCUAAAGACGUUUUUUGACA